CCUACAUAUAUUACCUACUUGAUCCUUUCAAUGUCCAAAUUCAUUGUCUCAACAACUCUCCUAAAGAAAUUCCUAUCAGUACCCUGCUCAUGCAAUCAAAAAACAUGCAAAUUUUCUUCAGUAACCACUGGGAAAAAGGGUGGUGGUAAAAAGAUAUCCAUCAAACCAGAAAAUGUCGACUCCACUUCCCUCAAAGUACCACUAAUAAAAUCAAAAUCUACAAAAUUUGCUUCAAAAAAGUCAAAUAAACUAGAAAUAAUCUCACAGCCAGAACUACAAUCAUUCGACAGAACCAAAUUCCCUAAAAUGAAAUCAAACUCCACAAAACCAAAACGGCUAACCUUUUCGAACACAGAUGCCAACGGUCUUCCCCUCCUCAACCCAAAAGACUGUCACCAAAGGGUCGAGUUCGCUUCAAAGAUGCUCGCCCUCUUAGAAACUCGCCCCGAGCUCUUAGACGACAUUAUCUUCUCGGACGAAGGGAACUUUCACCUGUCACCCCCACCACGAGGAACAAAAAGGGAACAAGAUGAUGUAACUAUAAAGAUGAAAUCCUUCCACUCUGACGCCCUUCAACGAUACGGUGAGUCCAAACGCCUCCCACAGAUCGUGUGGUGUGGAAUGACUUCGAAGUACAUAAUUGGACCCUACUUUUUCAACUCUCAUGUCACAGAUCGAACUUACAUAAAGAUGCUCCAGUCGUACUUAAUUCAUCAAUUGAAAGGUCUCCGAGGUGAAGAUAAGAUGAAGACUUGGUGGUUUCAACAGGAUGGAAAUCCACCCCAUCGGACAAGUGCGGCUUUGACAUAUCUCAAAGAUACAUUUGGACCACAGUUGAUCUCUUACGGUUGCCCACUCUUGUGGCCACCGAGAUCGCAAGACUUGACACCGCUCGACUACUUCUUAUGGGACCACCUCAAACUCAAAUUGAAAGAUAACUGUUUUCCAGAACAGCUUUCUACGCCCGCAUCGUUCCGAACAAGCCUCGCCGCACAGAUUGAUGAGGUCGACGAGGAGGUCAUUAAACGAGUAGUUGCGCAGUUUAGGGCCAGGUUGGAAAAAUGCAUUGAAUCGAACGGAGAGCGUUUUGAUUUUGUAGAUGACAAAACAAGUAACUUCUUGUGACACGAUGUAAUAACUGAUUUUUGAUUUAAUAUCAUAUUGUGCUAUAAAUCGCUAACAAUCGAUUGACUAAAUUGUACAAUUGGUCAGUCUUGGUCAAAAUUUUCAUGUGUCGUGAAAUAAA